UCUUCUAAUUGCAUCUGACGAAUUACUUCUUGAUGAAUUAAUCGAAUAUAUUCAAGAUUACAUUAUCAAGAAAGAGUCCUCCUGGCUUAAGCAGAAUCUUUUUUUAGUCUUACACACGGUGAUUCAACUUGUCAGUUGCAAAAAACUUCAAGACUAUUGCCUAGAAUUCAUUUGUGAUAAUCCCGGACCUUUUUUUUCUUCCAAGGAUUUCUUGUCAUUCGAUAAAGAGGUUUUUUUAGAAUUAAUUAAGCGAGAUGACCUAGGAAUUGAGGAGAUAGAAGUCUGGGAACAUCUUAUAGAAUGGGGAGUCCACAGAACACCAGGAAUUAGACAAAAGGAAUCUUUCGAUCCGAAGGACUUUUCAAAGAAAGAUUUUAAUGAUUUAAAAAAAACAUUGGAUCCUUUCAUUCCACAUAUUAGAUUUUAUAAUGUUUCUCUAAAAGAUUUUUAUUGCAAGGUUCGACCAUACCAACAAGUCCUACCAAGAUCACUCGUUGAAGAGGUUAUGUCUUUUCUUAUAACUGGGAUGGAACCGAAACAAAAAAUAUUACCCGAAAAGACGCCAAUGCAAGGGGAACCCAAUGCAAAUUUGCCCUUCUUUAUCGCGGAACUCGUGACGGGUUUGAUGCAGACGCAUUUCACGAAAAGGUUAAUGGCCAAGGACAAGCGAUUGCAAUCAUCAAGGUAA